AUGUUUGAUGCAUUUAUUUUCUUCUGUUUGUUCUCACGGAGUCUGCUUGGUGUGUUUGGUGUUGAUGCAGUAAAGUUAGCACCAGAGUCCGUGACGGAGGGAGAUCCUGUCACUCUGAGGACUGAUGUUACUGAAAUACUGCAGUAUGAUCCGAUCCAGUGGAGGUUUGGAGACAUUCCCAUAGCUAAAAUCAACAUGAAGGAGAAUAAGAGCAGGUUUUAUAAUAACAGUGCUGCUGAGAGACUCAGAGACAGACUGAAGCUGGAUCAUCAGACUGGAUCUCUGAGCAUCAUGAACACCAGAACCACAGACUCUGGACUUUAUAAAAUAACCAGCACUGAAACAGGGACAACGCUCAACACAUUCAAUCUUACUGUCUAUGCUCGUCUGUCUGUUCCUCUCAUCAGCAGAGACUGCUCUAUUCUGAGCUUGUAUCAGAAUUGUAAAUUGCUGUGUUCAGUGGUGAAUGUGAGUCAUGUGACUCUCUCCUGGUACAAAGGAAACAGUUUAUUGUCCAGCAUCAGUGUGUCUGAUCUCAGCAUCAGUCUCUCUCUACCUCUGGAGGUGGAAUAUCAGGAUAAAAACACCUACAGCUGUGUGCUCAAUAAUCCCAUCAGAAACCAGACCACACAUCUGAACAUCAGCAAACUCUGUCACACAUGUGAAGAACACUGUGUCUGCUGUUGUGGUUCUACUGAAGCUGUGAUCCGAUUGGCUCUUUCUGCUCUAGUGGGCGUGGCUACUGUUUCUGUGCUGAUUUAUGACAUCAGAUCCAGAAAUCUUCAACAGAAGAAAAGAGUGCAGACAUCAGCGUCAGACACUGGUUAA